AUCCAAAGGCUCUCCACACCUCAUAUCUAUCAAACUCAACACAUAAACCAAACCAAGGCUCUUCAGAUACUUAACAAUGGCCUUCUCCAACAUGAGCCUGGUUCUUUUUGUACUUGCUUGUACUUUGAUCUUGCAUUCUCAUCCAGUGGUGUGUAAUGAGAAAGAAGAUGAUGUAUUCAAUGCGAUCAACGACUACCGAAAAUCGCACAACGUCUCUGUUCUGAAUAGGAACAAGCCAGCAGAUUGCCUCGCUGACGAAAUCGCCGACGAUCUCAGCGAUCAAGAAUGCACCGGUAACGACGCUUUCGCCAAAGAUCCAUCUAGCACGGUUACCAGGGUCGUCAAUUUCCCUAAGCUCGUGAAGAAGUGCAACAUCGAAGUAAACUCCACCAUGGACGGCAUCAUUUUGCCGGUCUGCGUCCACAAACUGGUCAAAGAUGUAGUCCUCAAUAACUUCACCAAGACUUCCUACACGAAGUUCCUCAACGAUUCAAAGUACACCGGCGCCGGCGUUGGCUCCGAGAACGACUGGCUCGUUAUGAUUCUGAGCACCAAUGAGCCGAGUGGAAGCUUCUCGGGUGCCACUUCUUUGGUUGCGUUUGGGAUGGUUCAAUCAAUUGUGGUGUCGUUUUUGGGAUUGUUUCUUGCUACGUUGUCGUUUUGAUUGUCUCCGGGGACUUCUCUAUUUUUUAAUGUCGUUGGCUGAUUGUUUGUGGUUGGUGAAUUUUUAAUUUUCUUAAGUGUGAAAUAAUGAAUAAAUGAUUUUGUGAUGA